CUAAAUUCCGUCUUAGUCUAGAUAGAAUUAUCGAGGUCGAAGGUUAGACACAAAAAGGUUUAAAUCAGAGAAGUCUUUAACCGAGCAGUAAUUUAGAGUCCAGCUGACAGCAACUACACGGCAAAAUGGAAAGAGGCAUGAAAUUUUCAGUGCUUAGAACAGCAGUACUGAUUUUGUUUAUGACAAUUGAGUUGAAAGAAGCAUAUAGAAUUGGAGAGGAGAGGAAGGAAAUUGCAUUCAGGAAAAACAAGGAUCUUCUCCACACAGCACCUUGCAGUGGGUGCAAUAAAGACUCUAAUGCGAUCAGAACACAGUACCAUUUGUUGCGGAUAAAAGAGAGAAUACAAGAAGCUCUUGGAAUCGCCUCGGGUGAACCAGCCACAAAUCUAACCGCCCCCAGUGGCUCUUUUUUAAGUCGGGUUGAAGAUCUUAUGUUUUCGCGUACACAGGGUGAACUGCUUCAGCCAACAACAGCAGAAAGGCAAAUAUUGCUUGGCGAAACAGAAGCAUCCAAUUUCAAAAGCCAGAUUGAAAGUUUGCUAUUCAAAAUUCCGCUGGAUUCGCGAAUUUCUGAUUCGAGUCUUGUUCUGGCGGAAUUGUGGCUGCCUGCUACAUUGGCGCAAGAGGAAUGUGACUUAAAGAUAAAAGUUGGAUUUAAAAAUAGAUUCUUCCAGCUUUUCACAAUGCCUGUUUCAACCAAACGACUUUUGCAAGUCAAGAAACCAGACGGUUGGAUUGCUCUGUCUCUAUCAGAUGAAAUGAAACAAUAUGUUAAGUCCAGAGCAGGAGGAGUUCUAAAAAUCUAUGGAGCAAAGUUGAUAUUAGAGAUGCAAUUUCCAAAGAAGGAUUUGCUUGAUAGGAACUCGAAUAAUAAGCCCUUCAUGGUGAUAGAAUUUCUCAAGAGUACUAAAAGGCGACAGCGAAGAGGUGUGGAGUGCAACCAAGGAAGAAAGUCAGUUUGCUGCAGAGAGAGAUUGACGGUUAGAUUUGCUGACAUAGGCCUAUCACAUCGUAUCAUCGAGCCAAGGCAGUUUGAAGCUUACCAUUGUGUAGGGACAUGCGGAGCGUACAGCAGAAGUGACACGACAAGAGUUGAAAUUGUCAAAUACAUGAUGAGCAGCAUGCGAAAACGAAAUGAAAAAACGGACCAUAUUAAGUUCUGUUGCACUGCUGCAAAAACUUCACCACAGAAACUCCUUUACUACAACAAUGAUAAGACAAAGAUCCUUACAAGGAUGCUAGAUGGCCUCAUUGUUGACGAGUGCGAUUGUCUCUAGUAAGCAGACUAUCACCAAUGUCCACUGUGGCUGCGUAAACAGAGUCAGCAACAAUGUGAAUCUCUGGACAUGAGAAGAGUACUUCUAGAUCGAUUCACGUUGAUUUAAGAAUGGGAAUCGAGCAGCACUUGAGUAAAAACGAAACAUGACUUGCAUGGUAGAAUUCAUGUUUCAAAGAACGCAAAAAAUAAUGAGGCUUUACCUCAGUGCGUGAAAAUAGAAGAAUUCCCGUUUUUUAAUGGUUAUUUGACAGACAGCAUCAAGUAAAAGUAGUUAUAUUUUCUAAGCAGAGGAUGUCUCGCGCCAUUUUAAUGAUGUUGCAGAGAACUAUACUUAUUAUUGAUAAGGGUGUGAGUGCCGAAAUUAUAAUAAUUUGCUACUUUUCAGGUUAAAGAGAGUGCUAGAAUUUGCUCAUCUUGUUUCAAUAUCCAUUGAAUGUCCAAUUUUACUUAUCAAUUUAUGAACCUUACUGAUGCAAACUUUACAAAAUGUUGAAGGCCUAGGCCAUUUUUAUAAAAACCUUUGCAGAGAAAUACAGCCGAUUGCUAAGAUUUAUGAUAUGCCCCACAAAAACGCCUCAUAAGUAUCACGGUUAUUUGGGACUUUGAAGAUGUUUUUCGAGCCUUGUCUACAAACCACUGAUAGAAAUAAAAUUUCUGAAAAACUUUUUAUGCAGUCAUCCUUUGAACUGUGUUGUUUAAGAAAAUAUCACGAUGAUCGGGCAUUGAAUGAAUGUUGAACUUGGCUAUAUUGUACCCAAACAUGGAUCGAAAGUAAAAAGUGAUGCCUGAUUGGCUCUAUGUCGACCAAUCAGUGUCCGCUAAUCUCUGUAGUGAAUGACAUGUUAUUUCAACAAGAACCAAAAAGUGAGAAUAAAAAUAACUAAAAAUUCUAAACGCCGACAGAAGAUGACUUGGCUUUCAAUGGCCACUAUUACGCUUACUCGAGAUGCAAAUAACUCUAAACCUUACGACAAACGCACCUCUUUAAUCUGUUGAGUUUUGUGUACCAAAUAAGCUUGAGCGAUUAGAAAGCUUUGCAUGAAUUUCUUUGAGUUUCAUUUUCUUCUUGAUAAACUUUAACUCAGACCGAUUCAUUUUCAUCUGUAUUGUCAGAAAGUUAUCUAAGGUAAUUUUGUUAAGGAUUUCAGAAUAUCGAGACACUUAAAAUAUCUGUCUUUUAGUAAAAUUAAAUAAUUGGCUUGCUUAGAUAAUUAUGUUUUGACCUCUAUGUUUUGUAACUUGUUGUUUUCACAAAGUAAUUUAAGUUUUUGCCUCAGACCAGAGAAGUUAAUAUUUAAGAUCAGUCUGACACAACCUCUUUAAAGGUGGUGAAUUUUCUGACGGCUUAAGCAAUUUCAAUUUGCUUCAAGUACUGGCAACUAUUUUUAACGUUAUAAUUUUUUUCUUCUUGUGAGCUGAGCUGAUGGUUCCAUUCAUUGCAUCAUUUUUUCAGCUUAUUUAUCAUAGGGUUUUUUUGCGUUUAAGCCUAAAUAAUUUAUUCUAACUUUUGGCAUGGUAGCCAUAGGGCCUGUGUUAACAUUGGCCAUGUUGAGAGUCUGUUCUGAUUGCAAUGUUUUCAUGAUCAAUUCCAGAAAUUCUUUA